UCUUUGCAUAUUCUUUCUUCAUUUCGAUCUUUCUUACUUCUUUCAUUUCUAAAAUUACAAUGUUGCAGCUGCUGGACAAGGCAAAGAAUUUUGUGGUGGAGAAGGUAGUUAACCUGAAAAAGCCGGCGGCUACUGUCAACGAUGUGGAUAUGAGUAGCGUCCACCGAGAUUACGUUGAAUAUUUUGCCAAGAUUUCUAUCAGUAACCCAUACAGCCAUUCUUUACCCAUCUGUGAGGUCUCCUACACUCUUAAAAGCGAUGGCAGAGUGAUAGCGUCAGGAAAUAUGACAGAUCCUGGAUCACUCAAGGCAAAUGGUGUAACAAUGCUGAAUGUGACAUUAAAGGUCCCUCAUAGUAUACUAAUGAGCUUGGCGAGGGACAUUGGCACAGACUGGGACAUAGACUAUGAGUUAGAAGUGGACCUCACCAUUGAUCUUCCUAUCAUUGGCAACUUCACCAUUCCCCUCUCUAAUAAGGGCGAGAUCAAGCUCCCCACCUGGCCUUUCUGAUCUCUUCUAAUUUCUUGCUUUUGUUAUCAGUCAAAGUCCAUUUGUUAUGUAUGAGAUGAGAUGGGUAUUUGAACUCUGAAAGAACUGAAUCAUUUUCUUCAUGAACUUCUACUUAGCAAA